AUGAAUGAAUGCCGUCAGACCCCAUCAGUUUGUGGUCCAGACUCAGUCUGCAACAACAUGUUUGGAGACUACAGCUGCUCAUGCUUGAGUGGAUACAAUGUCACUGAUCCAAGUGUGCGAAGUAGUGCAGACAAUCCCUGUACAGACAUAAAUGAAUGUAAUGAGAUACCAAACAUAUGUGGAACCUACUCAGACUGUACCAACACCAAUGGAAGCUACAACUGUUCUUGCUUGAAUGGAUUUCAAGUGGCCUUCCCAAACCAAUCCAUAAGCAAUAGCAAUCAGUGCAGGGAUGUGAAUGAAUGCCGUCAGACCCCAUCAGUUUGUGGUCCAGACUCAGUCUGCAACAACAUGUUUGGAGACUACAGCUGCUCAUGCUUGAGUGGAUACAAUGUCACUGAUCCAAGUGUGCGAAGUAGUGCAGACAAUCCCUGUACAGACAUAAAUGAAUGUAAUGAGAUACCAAACAUAUGUGGAACCUACUCAGACUGUACCAACACCAAUGGAAGCUACAACUGUUCUUGCUUGAAUGGAUUUCAAGUGGCCUUCCCAAACCAAUCCAUAAGCAAUAGCAAUCAGUGCAGGGAUGUGAAUGAAUGCCGUCAGACCCCAUCAGUUUGUGGUCCAGACUCAGUCUGCAACAACAUGUUUGGAGACUACAGCUGCUCAUGCUUGAGUGGAUACAAUGUCACUGAUCCAAGUGUGCGAAGUAGUGCAGACAAUCCCUGUACAGACAUAAAUGAAUGUAAUGAGAUACCAAACAUAUGUGGAACCUACUCAGACUGUACCAACACCAAUGGAAGCUACAACUGUUCUUGCUUGAAUGGAUUUCAAGUGGCCUUCCCAAACCAAUCCAUAAGCAAUAGCAAUCAGUGCAGGGAUGUGAAUGAAUGCCGUCAGACCCCAUCAGUUUGUGGUCCAGACUCAGUCUGCAACAACAUGUUUGGAGACUACAGCUGCUCAUGCUUGAGUGGAUACAAUGUCACUGAUCCAAGUGUGCGAAGUAGUGCAGACAAUCCCUGUACAGACAUAAAUGAAUGUAAUGAGAUACCAAACAUAUGUGGAACCUACUCAGACUGUACCAACACCAAUGGAAGCUACAACUGUUCUUGCUUGAAUGGAUUUCAAGUGGCCUUCCCAAACCAAUCCAUAAGCAAUAGCAAUCAGUGCAGGGAUGUGAAUGAAUGCCGUCAGACCCCAUCAGUUUGUGGUCCAGACUCAGUCUGCAACAACAUGUUUGGAGACUACAGCUGCUCAUGCUUGAGUGGAUACAAUGUCACUGAUCCAAGUGUGCGAAGUAGUGCAGACAAUCCCUGUACAGACAUAAAUGAAUGUAAUGAGAUACCAAACAUAUGUGGAACCUACUCAGACUGUACCAACACCAAUGGAAGCUACAACUGUUCUUGCUUGAAUGGAUUUCAAGUGGCCUUCCCAAACCAAUCCAUAAGCAAUAGCAAUCAGUGCAGGGAACAUUGUUGA